UUGUUCUUUUCAGACUUCGCUGCCCCUCAUCUGCGCCCUGGAACUAGCAAUUCCAUUUCGCCGGCACCUCCUUUGAGCUCAGGAUUCGUUGGUGUUGCUUAUCCUCCGCCACCACCAUACUCUGCUCUACCGCUCGCUGGUUCGGCAUCUUUUCCGCCGAAUUACCCUCACCUGCCAGCUACCACGUCAUUGCCCAAUCUCCCAACUGUUGAUGAUGACAUGGCGACAGCCUCACAGCCGCCUCUUCUCCCUUCAGAGUCGAACCGGGGGAAAAGAGACUGCAGAAGUAGGCAAAGUAAAAAGAAGAAAAAGAAAAGGAGAAGGCAUUCGUCUAAUUCAUCUUCUAGUGCUUCAAGUUCGAAUUCUUCACUGAAUAUUGGUGAAUAUCUGCGUGUGGAGAAAAAGGAGAUGAGUACGAAGUAUAUCUCACGAGAGCGGGAAGGUCUCGAAAAGACCAUUGUUGAGGAGAUCAAGACAGUGACAAAGAAGAAGAAAUAUCGUGUGACGGAGUCGAAGAGAAGUGACGCCAAGAGUUCGGGACUGCAGAUGAUUAGCAGCGACGAGUCUGUAGAAAACUCGGAUGGUGCAGAGGUUGACGAUGGAAAAGGCAAGAAGUAA